UGAAUCAUGCUUUCAAGUCAUUUCACACAGUAGCUCUGCACACACUGCAGCAGUUUCUGUGUAACAUCACAGCCCAUUUUCCUACCAAGCUGCUGAGCCGUGGCCCUGUGGAGCAUUAAAGCUGAAUGGGGAUUAACGCUAAGCAUUAAUACUCACAUUCAGCCUCAUACUUUUCGCCCACCCUGUCCUGAAACAUUUCUUUCUGAGCCUGUGUUAGACCAGGACACAUCGUCUGCUAACAUGAACGUCUCUGGGAUACACCGUGGGAUGCUCAGGAUGUAUGGUGGAUUUAUUUUCAAGCAAUGGAAGAAGAGGUUUCUGCUGCUCACAGCUGAAGGCAGUCUCCUUGUGUGCCAUGAUGCAGCAUCUCCUCCUGACCAGCUGGUACUGUUGCAGAGCAGUUGUGAGGCAAUUGUGGAAGGCAAGGAGAUCCUAGAUCUGCCUAAAUUACCCUCCGGUGGCAGCAGGGAUUGCUGCUUUGCUCUGAUCCUCCCCCAGCAUAAAUACCUGCUGCUGAUGGCUGACACCGCUGCAGACUGCAGUCAAUGGCUGAAUAUGCUGAAAAAAGUGAAAAAGAGUCUUUCCUCACCUCUCAGUCCGUGUAGGAGACACCAGGUACUACCACCACACAUUACUCUCCAUGAUCUGGUGCCUGAGCAAAUCCUAGAAAAGGAUCCAACAACUCCCCCUGUUAGUGACAGAGAGGCGGCCUCCCCAGGGCCUAUGACUUGUGCUUCCCCAAGGGAGACUGGCAGGAAUUCGCCCCGUACAAAGUAUUACAAAGGAAGUGUGAACCCAGUAGGGUGUUUGCGUCAUGGCAGUAUCAGUAAUGCCCAGGCGGUGAGGGCAGUUUAUCUGCUGAUGGGUGGGGCUGCUGCUUCCUCUGCUAUGGGUUACCUAGGGGCAUGCUCAAGCGCUAAUCUGGAAGCCAAAGCUCCCGACCUUCCACUCAACACAGAUUUCUCUGGCAUGGGACCAGCAGGAGCGUACCACACCUGUAGCCCUGCGAUCGACUCCCCUCACUUUAACAGCUUUGACUUCGAAGUGGCAGACUCUGAUUUUGAUGGUUUCAAUUGUGGUGGGUUUACUUUCUGAUGAUGUGCUGCUCAGAGGCCAUGGAUAUGGACAGCUUUAAUGAUGCUGAAAAACGUACCUGAUAUUGCAUUGUGACUUGUCAAAAUGACAGAAUCAUAUGAAGGGUUUCAAUACAGGAUGGUUUUUAGGAGACAUAUCACCUUUUCAGAUGAUAUAGUGAACUUUGUAGCAAACAGUUGCCUACAGUAUUUAUACAUUCAGCAGUUAUGGAGCAACAUUAUCAUUCAUUUGUAGUCGUGUCUCUGUCCACCCGGCCAUUGUAAGUCCGGUAUUUAGAGUCUUUUUGCUCUGUUUUUGGUCUCAACCAACUCCUUAGGGAAAAAUGUCUAUUUAGCUGUUAAAUGCUCCACUAAGUUCACCAGGUAGUUGCUAACUUGGUUUUUGUGUCGUUUAGUGCUGAGCACAUUGUGUACAAUGCAUUUUUUAAUAUCUUUUUUUCACUGAAAACAGCUGCUUGCCGCAACUGAAAACGAUGCAUUGAGAGCGGUGAAAUGGAAUCACAAGGGUCGUACAACUAAACAACGAGCUGUUACUUUCUCUUAACUAACUAGCUAAUGCAAGAGUGGAGCUGCAAAUUCAUGUGAUAAUUCACCGUAGCUUCAUCACUACCAUUUUAACAUUAGAUUCAUGAUUCAUUGUUGUUCUAAAAAUGUUGAUUAUAUCCACUCUAAAAACAGCUGACGCCAUCCUUAGAAGCAGUAUUGCAUGUUAUUAUGAUUUAAUUGUAAUUCAUUUAUUUUUGGAUUGAGGUUCAAUUCAGUUCAGUUCCUCUCACACGAUGUCACUGUGAUGGGCAAUCACAAACAUGAAAGCACAUAUUUGUGGUCUGAAACAUAAAUGGAGUGUUGAAAGUUAAAAUAGUUGUCGCUGUGGUGUAUUUCCUGUCUAUUACAAACCAUGCAGUGUUUUUAUGUCCCGUAAGCCUUUGAACACAUGAAUCCGUUACUUCAACUAGAUCUCCUGGGUCAUAUUGUGUUGUUUCACUGGUACUUAACACACCCCCGCCAAGAUGCCCUGUGCAUUGUUUUAACAUGGAAUCUCCAUAUUGCACUCCCCAUGUGCACUAUUUGGCACAAUAAUUGCACUAUCAACACUGUCAGUUGUUGUGAAUGUGAGAAUUCAUAAUAUGCUGUGUAUGUGUUUCAAACUGAUGCAAGCUAUGAAUGAACCAUGUAUGUUAACUAUGCCACGGAUCCUAAUGGGAGAUUUGCAACAUGACACACUGAAGAACCAUUUCUACAUAUUUUAGGAGUAUUAUACUUAUUUUAUGAUGUUGAGUGGAUUGAAAUAGAUCUGUAUCAGAUAUUUCGUUACUUACAUUUACUAACCUCUGACUGUGGACAAAUGAACCCACUAGGACUCUUCCAAAUCUCAGCAUCAUCCACUUUUGUGCAUGUGCAGUGUUUCUUUUGAAAUAUCCAGCUGUUAUGUGCUUAUGUCUUAUGCUUGGUUAAAAGCAAGUUUAUGUUGUGAUGUCUGUUUGAGCUCAUUCCGCUUCUGUGAAUAAAA